AGCAGGGCUCCCUGUGCAGAGAAUAGUUGUGCUCUGUCUGUACUUCUUUGCUGUGCUAAAUACCUUUAAGAGGCCGGCUGGGUGUGGGUGCCCCAGGUGCCCGUGUGAGGUUCUGAAAGAUGAUGCCCACAUCUCUCUCGCCUGCACUGGCAUACAGCAUAAUGCCGACGUUCUGUGUUUUCCUCUUUUACCUUUUCUGCCCAUCUUGUGGUCGCUUGAACUCCACUGUAAACCUGACGCUGGCGGUUGUGCUACCGGAUAAGAACCUGAGAUAUGCUUGGUCUUGGCCCCGCAUUGCUCCUGCUCUGCACAUGGCAAUAGAAUAUGCACAAGGUGAGCUUCAACUUCUUCCUGGGUACCAAGUGAAUUGGGUCUUCCUCACCUCUGAGCUUGAGGGGGCCUGCUCAGAAUAUGUGGCCCCUCUUAAUGCAGUUGACUUAAAACUCUUUUAUGACCCCGAUGCAUUUUUUGGCCCAGGCUGUGUGUACCCUGCGGCAUCAGUCGCCCGCUUUGCCACUCACUGGCGCCUUCCCCUGAUAACUGCGGGUGCUCUGGCUUUUGGUUUUAAGCAGGAUGAUAAUCAUUAUAAUACAACUGUACGGACAGGACCCACCGCAAUAAAGUUGGGAGAGUUUGUGUCGCAUCUUCAUGAACAUUUCAACUGGAGCUCACGAGCUGCACUGGUUUACUAUGACGUUAAGAUGGAUGACCGGCCGCACUACUUCAUCAUUGAGGGCGUCUACCUGGCACUAGACAAGGAUUUUGGGAACCUUACUGUCCGCUAUCAAAUGUACCAGGAUGAUGAGAAUGUCGGCAGUGUGGUUCAGUUCAUACAGAACAAUGGGCGAGUUAUAUACAUAUGUGGGCCCCUGGAAAUGCUCCAUAUGAUCAUGCGUCAGGCACACAAAGAGAAGCUAACUAACGGAGACUACGUGUUUUUCUACGUUGAUGUAUUUGGGGAGAGUUUAAGAGCAGAAGGAAACCGAGAAGCCGGGAAACCUUGGCAAAGCAACCAAAGCGAUGAGCAAGACCGUGAGCUUAAGGAAGCUUUCAAGACUGUGCUUAUAAUCACUUACCAUGAGCCACAGAACCCAGAAUACUUUGAAUUCCAGAGGAAACUCAUCCAGAAGUCGAAGGAGACUUUUAAGGUGGAUCUGAACUAUACUUUGGUUGUUGGAUACUACAAUGGUAUCACCAAGCAGAUUAACUGGAUCGGAAAGACCAUUCUGUGGCUGAAAGGCUUCCCCCCAUCAGAAAGCCCUCCGUGUGUGUUUAAUACAGACGACCCAUCUUGCGUGAAGACCUCAGUCUCCACUCUGACCAUCGUGGCUCUCGGUUCCGGCCUCACUUUCCUCAUUUUUGGGAUGGCGAGCUUUCUCAUAAUGAGGAAACUGAUGCUUGAGAAGGAACUAGCCAGCAUGCUGUGGAGGAUUCGAUGGGAGGAACUACAGUUUGGAAAUUCAGAACGUUAUCAUAAAAGAGCUGGAAGUCGCAUCACUUUGUCGCUGAGAGGCUCAAGUUACGGUUCCCUGAUGACGGCUCAUGGGAAAUAUCAAAUCUUUGCCAACACUGGACACUUUAAGGGUAAUGUUGUUGCCAUUAAAUAUGUAAACAAGAAACGCAUAGAACUGACCCGACAGGUUCUGUUUGAGCUGAAACACAUGCGUGAUGUUCAGUUUAAUCAUCUGACACGGUUUCUGGGGGCCUGUAUAGAUGCUCCCAACAUCUGUAUUGUGACAGAGUACUGCCCUAGAGGAAGUCUGCAGGACAUAUUAGAAAACGACAGUAUCAACUUGGACUGGAUGUUCCGACACUCGUUAAUUAAUGACAUUGUCAAGGGAAUGUGUUUUCUGCAUCGCAGUAUAAUUGGCUCUCACGGGAACCUUAAGUCCUCAAACUGCGUAGUAGAUAGUCGCUUUGUCCUGAAGAUUACAGACUAUGGUCUAGCCAGCUUCCGCUCCUUGUGUGACGUGGAGGAUGGAUACGCAUUAUAUGCCAGUAGGUGUGACGACGCAGACCACGCAAGUAAUACCAGGCCCUGUGUGACAAAUAAAUACAUCUGGCUUGUAGGCACACUUACCUCAUCGCACAUCCCUCACUUACAGGUUGAGACUAUUGGCGAUGCUUACAUGGUAGUUUCGGGAUUACCCGUGCGGAACGAAACGCUACAUGCAAGAGAGAUAGGCAGAAUGUCACUAGCACUACUGGAAGCUGUAAAAACAUUCAAGAUUCGGCACAGACCCAGCACACAGCUACGGUUACGGAUAGGAAUUCAUACAGGCCCGGUGUGUGCUGGGGUUGUUGGGCUAAAGAUGCCACGAUACUGUUUGUUCGGAGACACAGUUAAUACAGCAUCACGCUUGGAAUCUAAUGGAGAAGCUCUCAGGAUACACAUAUCAUCUACCACAAAGGAGGUUCUGGACGAGUUUGGUUGUUUUCAGCUGGAGCUUCGUGGAGACGUUGAGAUGAAGGGGAAGGGUAAGAUGAGAACUUAUUGGCUUCUGAGGGAAAACACAGAGGACAAUGUUAUCUGAGGCACCUGGGCCCCCGUCCAUCUCUGUACCAUGACCAGUGCAUAGGACUGAUCUAGGGCCCUGGCAGCACUGCACCCCUACAGCCUGGCACUCUCAGGGGCACACAAAUUUUAGCCUUGCUGAUUGGACCACUUUUUUUUCUUGGCUACCAAUUUAUUCGGAGUAGUACUUACACACCAGCUAUUUGGCUAAGAAGUUUUCUCUUGUUUGAUGGCUCAAGAGAAGUUAUGAUUAAAAACUCCUGGCAGAGAUAGCACUGGAUUCCAGGACAACUCAGCUUGAACUGUAUAAAGCAGCGAGACCAGCAACUCAUCCUGCUAUGCAGGCUUGAAGCAGACCUACAGUAUACCUCACACCGCCCAGCACCGUAGCACUGAACUCUAGUAACCAAUGGCGCCGUGUAACAGUAUUUAGUGGGCCCUAGCUGGAAGUGGUUUUAGUGUCACACGGCCCCUUCUGCAUCUCACACCUGAUGGUCUUUUGUAAAAAUCCUGUGUAUGUCCAUCCUUUCAACAGUUAGAACAUGCAGAAAUCACAAGAAAAAGACCAUGUUUAACAUGAAAUCAAUGCAAGUUUGUGAAGUGUGUUUUGUUACGGAGGGCAGAAAUAUAUGCAAAUAUGAUAUCCCUAAAUGUUUGUGAUAUAGAAAAUAGAAGAGAUCACAUAUA